AUGACUUUGACUUCGCUCAAAUCACUUGAGCUUCGAAGUCUGGGGUUGGCACGGGAGCGAGAAGCCGAGCUCCCCUCGAGGCUUCCCGACAACCCAGUUGUCCUGUCUCUGUUUCGAAGUGGCACAAUUGGUGCGGUCGCUCUUGGUUCCUCAGCGUUUCUGGGGGAACUUUACGACGGAGAAGAGGAAGACCCGGUGCAGUCUGCUGGAGGCCUCGUUGACUGUUACUCUGAUUUGGGUUCGCUUCCUUACGCUGACGACCAGAACAUGGCAUGUCUGCUGUGGUUUGGCCCAGUGACUCAGGUUCAUGAAUUGGAUGUCACUGGAGCACCCUUCUGUGUCCUGCCUUUGCCCACCAGAACAUCGAACAUCCUGAGCCCCCGACGUCGAGGAUCCAUCGUGGUUCCCGAGCAAUCUUCAUCUCGGUGCCAACCAACAUAUGGGAGGUCCCCGUUAUCUUGGUGCUUCCCAUGUCUUGCGGAGUCCUCCAACGUCUUGGGUGUUGAUUGCACCCUAUGUUUGGCGUUUGGUGCCUGCCUUGGCAGUGCCACGACAGUGCUGGCCCGCACUUCCUCAGGGAUCCCGACUGCGUCCGAUGUUAUGGCUUUUGUUGUCUUGGGGCUGCGAUUUCUAUCAUGGACGCUGGCGAUGAUGCUCUGCGGGCUCCUUCGGGCUGCAGCUCAGCAUUCGGAAGCCCUUCGCCCCUCCAUUCCAAAAAUGGCCGGAUCGAGUCUGCCUCAGCAUCUCUCCACGAUCAGUACCAUACUACUUGCUCGGGGGAUCGACAAGCUACAACGCAUGCCAGAUCAUGUGAAGCCAGCUAAACUGUCGCGAACCAAACAAGAUUCAACCAUCAUCGACGUAACUCCAACUUCUGUCUGCAGCGCUUCUUGUAGCAGCGAUGACGAUGGUAUCGAGAUGACGGCAAUGAUGCAGACACACAAUUUGCGCGGUCUCAUCCUCGCCCGACUUUGUCAUCUUCCAAACGCCACUACGCUCUUUGGCCUUCUGAAGCAUGUCGGGCAUCCUCUUCUACUCCCCAUGUCUGAGCAUCCUGGUGGUGCCUCUCCGACCAAACCGCAGCAGCUGCUGUCCUCUUCUCUAUCAGGAUCCCAGUGGCAGGCACACAACACUGCACUUUUGUGUGGCUGGUUGACGCCAUAUGUACUUGGGAGAGCUCUGAACAACUUGGAAACUCUCAAUCCGCUCAACAUGAGCGGAGCAAGAAAAGGGGUAAGAAGAAGCCGACCCGAGCAGAUUGACGGUAUCUACCGGAUGUUGGACUUUCCCAUUCUAUCUACUACCACCACUAUGCUCCCGCUCGCCAUUCCCUCCUUGCACGAGCAGGAGCGCUACCGGGAGAUGGCAAUCCUUUGA